AUGGCGGCAAAGUUAAUUCUGACGGCACUUAUAGCGUCACUCAAAGUUAACGGUAGUCCGUGCAAGCCAAACUCUUCUCCAUCUAUCUCUUUGGUCUUUACCUCUAGUGCUGCUUUUACGACAACUACCAUCGACUCAAGCGCUGAACUGGGGCUCUCAACCCAAAGCUCUAUUUUCGACUCGACACUUGAUUCCACUUCCACAACCCUCGAAACAUCCUCCUCAGAGACUUUCGCAUCUGAGACAACCCGGGAUGGAUCAUCGGAUUCAACAGUCCCAGCCUCGUUUACGACUACCAACUCAAUUGUUGAAGAAUCUACUACCGUAGAGAGCGCAGUCGUGACUUCAUUGUCUUCCGACCCAGCAACAACUUCCUCCAUUGCAAGCACAACCACCACAGCCGAGCCACAAACCCCAAUCGGGUUCUACAAUGGUGGUUUUGAAGAUGAUUCGACAUCAGAUGCACGCCCUUGGGUCAUAGGAAGAAGCGUCACUAUCGAAAAUGAUCCAGCAAAUGCACAUUCAGGCGACCGCUAUGCUCUUGUCAAGUAUCCCAUCACGGGAACCGGACGUCCCAUUGAUCCUUUGCGACAAACCAUCUCUGGUCUCGAUCCGAAGAAAAAGUACCUGUUGACUUUCUAUUGGGCCUUUACAGACUUUUAUUCGUUAUCGAACACAGGAUGUGACUUUUGGACCUAUUUUGGCCCCGCCAUUGAACUCUAUAAAUUCAAAGCUGACGGCAUGCCUACCAACGAAUACUUCAAACGCCAAUACCUGGUAACGCUAGUGAGCAUAACAGAUAAGGUGGAUUUGGUGUUUUACUGGCGUUGUUCUAACUCAGCACCGGCCUCUCCAUGGGCCGGUGCCGAGAUACGUGUCGACGAUGUCAGUCUCGUUGAGUACGAUCCACCGUGCGCUCUGGUCAAGCCGCCUCCCGAGGAUCUGGUUUGUGGCCAGAUUGGAUCGUUCCCCAGUUCUGCAAACUCCUUCCUUAUCGGUUCUGAGGUUCUCUUGGGCCCUUUUGAAAACUGUGCCCAGCUGUGUGCUGAGAAUCCUGAAUGCAAGACUGUCGCUGGAGUUUUUGGCAGUGGGGAUGUGAUUGGGCGUAAUGCUCGAUAUAAUUAG